CAGAUAAGGCGCCAGGUAAGCUGAGCUGCAGCCAUAAGCCAACUCCCUAUUCUUGAGAAACCCUAAACGGUCUACACUUCAUUUGAAUCCAAAUUAGCCAUUCUGAUGAACCGUACACCAACUGAAAUCUAAAAUAGUCUGUUUUCUUCGGUGCAAUCUCCAUGAAAGUUCUUCUGAUCGAGUUGUAGAUAGAUCCACUGACGGAUUCAGAUUAAUUCAGAUUCACUGAUGCAUUAAGCUCGCGAAAUGGCAUUGAAAAUGGCUAUUCUUACCAAAACCAGGGCCUUCUACAAAACCCAAAACCCUAUUUUUUCCCGAACGAUCUCCAUUUUCCCGUAUCUGUCUCAGGAGCCACUGCUUGAUGAACCGUCAAUCUCACCCUCGACUCCAUUGCCUCCAAAUCCAUCAUCUGGUAGCCCUCUUUACCAAGAAAAUUGGAGAAAUCCUAUCCCUGAUCCAGGCCUCGGUCAGUCUCUCGUUCCACUAGGAUUCGCUCAGGCAUCACCAUCUUUUAGGAUCCAAUCUUUGUCUAAUACGCUUGACGUUCCAAGCCUCAUGAAUGUAUUCGCCGAUUGGAUGACUUCUCAGCGAUGGGCAGAUAUGAAGCAAUUGUUCGAGUUCUGGAUUAGGUCUCUUGAUCAGAACGGGAAGCCGAACAGGCCUGAUGUGAACUUAUACAAUCACUACCUUAGGGCGAACUUAAUGAUUGGAGCUUCUGCUGCGGAGCUUCUCGAUCUAGUGGCGCAGAUGGAGGAUUAUGGGAUUACGCCCAAUACUGCUUCGUUUAAUUUGGUAUUGAAGGCUUUGUAUCAGUCGCGGGAGACUGAGGCAGCAGGGAAAUUGCUCGAACGGAUGCUGCAGACAGGAAAAGAAUCUCUGCCUGAUGAUGAGUCAUAUGACUUAGUUAUUGGCAUGCUGUUUUUGAUGAAUGAAAUUGAUGCCGCCCUAAAGUAUUUGGAUUUAACUCUAAAAUCUGGUUACAUGGUAUCGAUGAAGGUGUUUUCAGAAUGUGUAAAGAGCUGUGUUAAUGCUGGGAGGCUGGAUACCUUGGUUUCCAUCAUAGAGAGGUGCAAGAAAAUGGAUCAAAACAAAGCUCUCUGUCCAGGCUGGUUCCUGUCUAAUUACAUUGCAGAUGUAGCAUUACAUGAGGAUAAUAGCAAAUUGGCCUUUCACGCUUUGGAAUUUCUGGCCAAAUGGAUUGCUCGUGGUGAAGCGACAAGACCUGCCGUUCUUCUCUCUAUGGAUGAAGGACUGGUUGUGUCAGCACUGGGAACUGCUGCUAGGACUCAUGAUGCUGCACUGGUGGAUGCAUCAUGGGCCAUCCUCCGUCGCUCUUUGCGCCAAAAGAGGGCCCCCAACUCAGAAUCUUUUCUUGGGAAGAUAUAUGCCUAUUCAUCUCUGGGAAAUUUACAGAGGGCUUUUAGUACUCUGCAUGAAUUUGAAUCUGCUUAUGGGAAUUCUAGUGAAGCAGAGGAUCUGUUUUCUCCUUUCACCUCUUUGUAUCCGUUGGUUAUGGCCUGCUGCAAGAAUGGUUUUGAGACUCUGGACACGGUCUAUUUUCAAUUGGAGAAUUUGAGUCGUGCAGAUCGUCCUUACAAGUCUGUUGCUGCUCUUAACUGUGUAAUAUUAGGAUGUACAAAUAUAUGGGACCUUGACCGGGCCUACCAGACUUUUGAGGCCAUUGGCAAUGCUUUUGGUUUGACUCCCAAUAUCCAUUCAUACAAUGCAUUGAUGUGUGCAUUUGGGAAGCUGAAGAAGACGUUUGAAGCUUUGAGGGUGUUUGAGCACUUAACAAGCUUGGGUCUGAAACCAAAUGCGAUGUCGUACAGCUUGCUGGUUGAUGCUCAUCUCAUUAACCGUGAUCAAAAGGCUGCGAUUGCAGUAAUUGAUGAGAUGGUGGAGGCAGGAUUUGUACCAUCCAAGGAGGUACUGAAAAAGGUCAGGCGGCGAUGCGUCCGGGAGUCUGAUUUUGAUACUAAUGGUCUGGUGGACUCCCUAGCGAAAAAGUUUACAAUUCGUUUGGGUAUGGAGAACCGGAGGAACAUGCUGUUUAAUAUUGAGUACAGCGCUGGCUACCCCUAGGAGGUAAUUCUUGAAUCAUGAAGGACCAUUUGGAUCAGAUAGAGCCAUGGAAGCAUGAUGAAACUCAUCCUCAGUGCCCAGGCCGCAUGCAUGACACAAGUGAGGUUUUUGAGACGGCGUGUAACAGGUCCCACCUAGGCCUUCUGGUUAGGUUGUGCUAUAUAGAAGUAUCUUGAUUAAUUAUAGAGUUAUGGUGAUGGGAAUUAUCCAUCCCAAUUCUGCUCAGAAUGCAUAAUCCCUCCUGCUUUGGUUGGUUGUGGUUUGUAUGAUAAAUUUCUGCCUUUGGCUUUGGAGGACUUGACAAGGCCUUCAAUGGUGGUUCUUAGCCCUUCAUUUGUUACAUAUUUGUGGCACUAGCUGAUGUUGCUUACUUUUUUUUUUUUUACCGGUCACUUGGUGUUGUCUGAGGGAAGGAUUGUUCCUUACCCUUGAUAUAACAUGUAUUCUAUAACUGCAGGGUAGUUGAUUGGACUACUCCAGCACAUGAGAUUUUCACACAUUUGUACUGGGACCUCUCAAUGCUAACAGUUUGGUUCACCAAGUGAGUUUCUCACCUUCCAAACCUUUCUACAGUGAGCCAUGGUCCCGUUUGUGUGUGUGAAAUGACAUAGUUGUUCCAAGUUUGGACGAUUCAACGGCGGAAGUCCGGGAUUGUAACCUUC